AUGUCCUAUGCCGCAGCGCUACCGUACGCGCCGUCUGUAAAAGACCGCUUGUCGGAUUUCCAUGUAGCGCUCAAUAAGUACGCUGUACCAUCGCGCCCCGCAGCGCCGCCGCAGCGCCCCCUUGGCACGCAGCCCGAAUUCACAGAGCGUGCCCAGCAAGUAUCGCGCGAUUUGACCGCGACCAUGACAAAACUAGGCCGUCUAUCCCAGCUCGCGCGGCGCAAGUCGCUAUUUGAUGACCGGCCGGUAGAGAUCAGUGAGCUUACCUACAUUAUCAAGCACGAUAUUGCCGGACUGAACCGGCAACUUGCGGCACUGCAAAGCUUGUCGCUGCGUGCACAGCGCGGAAAGCAGAGCCGCGCCGAUGAGCACCGCGGAAACAUGGUGACGAUGCUGCAAACAAACCUUGCCAAAGCGACUACGAGUUUUCAAGAUAUCCUAGAAGUGCGCACGCAGAACAUGAAAGCGUCCAAGGACCGCACCGAGCAAUUUUUCCAAGGCGCGCCUGCCGUCGGCGACGUGCAGCGAGAAAGCUCGCCGCUGUACACGCUUGCGCGUGCAGCACCAGCAGCACCCGCAGCACCAGCAGCACCCGCAGCACCCGCAGCCCUGCCGAUGCAGGGUGCAGUGCUGCAGAAGCGCAAUACGGGUGCCUCUGCCGCAGCACUGCGCGAGGACGAAGCUGCGGGCUCCUCCAAAGAGGCAUUCCUUGCGCUGGAUAUGAUGGAGAGCGGCGGUAUGCAGCAGCAGCAGCAGAUGCUAAAUGAGUUCGAGGAGCAGCAGUCCAGCUACCUGAGCCAGCGGUCCGGCGCGAUCGAGUCGAUCGAGUCGACCAUCUCAGAGCUCGGCCAAAUUUUCGGCCAGCUCGCGCAGAUGGUCGCGAUGCAGGGCGAGACGGUGCAGCGCAUCGACGACGACGUACUGCAAGUGUCGGACCACGUCGAGGGUGCGCGCCGCGAAUUACUGAAAUACUAUGCCAGCAUUACCAACAACCGCUGGCUUAUGCUGAAGAUAUUCGGUGUCCUCAUCGUCUUUUUCCUGGUCUUUAUCCUCAUCUCCUAG